GGAGCAGCGUCUGACUACUUAUAAAAAAGGGUUGAAUAGCAAUAAUUAUCCCACGAGGCUCCGGAGAGGAUCCAAGGAAACAGCACUUACAAACUUUUAUAUUUGUGCAAAUUCGACUUGGUCCAGAUCCUGUAGAUGCUGCGCUGCCGCGAUCGCUGGGUUUUGUAAUCAGUUAAACAUUUGUAAGAAAUAAUAUGCGUAAGUUGAACAUAGAAAACUUACAGAAUUUCUAUAUUUGGGGGAAAAAGACAUUCAGCACUAGGUGCUGUUUGAGACUGGCCAACAGCUUCCUCAAAAACUAAAUAAGCUCAUGUUUGAAGGUUUUUGCAUCAUCGAAGACUUAGUUUGUGUUUAUUGGUACUUUUUAUGGGCUGUAUAAGAACUGAGCUGAUAUUUGUAUUUGGACCACGUUUGUGAAUCGAUGGGAAUACUUUAAUUUUUAAAGAAAAUGUUUUUCCCUACAUUCUUGAUGCGGCUUGAUUUUGAGGUCAAGUAUAUUUUGAACUUAGGAGUUAUGAAGGAAAGAGUACUGCAUUUGUAGAUACACCAGUCUAGAUGUGGAUUAUAGGUAGGUAUGGCGGCAUACACCUUUAAUCUCAGACUUGGGAGGCAGAGGCAGACAAAUCUUUUUGAGAUCAAGGCCACCUUAAUCUGCCAAGCAAGUCAGGUCCACACAGAUCCUGUCUGAAAAAUAAGUUCACCCCCGCUGCAGCAGGGCUCUGCUCUCUGACUGAGUGGUGCUGUGUUACAUGGAUCUGUCAUUUCUAUUCAGUCAUCAGUUGGCAUUGCAGUAACACCUAUGGCAAUGAAGAAAGAGACAGAAUUUGGGAUUUUCAUCUAAGGAAAAUGAUAAAUAACAACCAGACGUGUGCUGCAGGGCAGGACUCCGUGCCCUACGUGACCUGUAUGCUUCACGUGCUGGAAGAGUGGUUGGGUGUGGAACAGUUGGAGGACUACCUGAAUUUUGCGAACCAUCUCUUGUGGGUCUUCACCCCGCUGAUCCUUUUAAUACUUCCGUACUUUACCAUCUUCCUUCUCUACCUUACUAUUAUUUUCCUCCACAUCUAUAAGAGGAAGAAUGUGUUAAAAGAAGCCUACUCUCACAACUUGUGGGAUGGCGCGAGGAAAACAGUGGCAACCCUGUGGGAUGGACAUGCGGCGGUUUGGCAUGGUUAUGAAGUUCACGGGAUGGAAAAGAUACCAGAAGGACCAGCACUUAUAAUUUUUUAUCAUGGAGCUAUUCCCAUAGACUUUUACUACUUCAUGGCUAAAAUUUUCAUCCACAAAGGCAGAACUUGCCGAGUGGUAGCUGACCACUUUGUCUUUAAAAUCCCAGGGUUCAGUUUAUUACUUGAUGUAUUUUGUGCUCUUCAUGGACCAAGAGAAAAAUGUGUUGAAAUCUUGAGGAGUGGUCACUUGUUAGCUAUUUCACCGGGUGGAGUUCGAGAAGCCUUACUUAGUGAUGAAACCUACAACAUCAUAUGGGGUAAUCGUAAAGGCUUUGCUCAGGUUGCAAUCGAUGCAAAAGUGCCCAUUAUUCCUAUGUUUACACAAAACAUCCGAGAAGGAUUUAGAUCACUCGGAGGAACAAGAUUGUUUAAAUGGCUUUAUGAAAAAUUCCGCUAUCCGUUUGCUCCAAUGUAUGGAGGUUUUCCUGUGAAGUUGCGGACCUUCUUGGGUGAUCCUAUUCCGUAUGACCCAGAGGUAACAGCAGAAGAAUUAGCUGAAAAGACUAAGAACGCUGUUCAAGCUUUGAUCGACAAGCACCAAAGGAUACCGGGGAACAUUAGGAGUGCUUUGCUGGACCGCUUUCAUAAAGAGCAGAAGGCUAAUUGACAGAUAAUUUCGUGUGUCUCUAAUGCCAAGUUUGCAUCUGUGGUACUGCCUUUUAAACUUUUGUAGGUUGUAUAAUAGUCUUUUUAAAACCUGCUAAUGAGCAUCUUUCUUUAGAAUUUAAACUUUCUAUGGUUAAUCUUACCCUUUCAAUCAGUUUUGUCAAAUGUAGUAAGUAACUCACCAUUUGCUUGACUCAGAAGAUGAUCAUGUUGCAUUUGCAAUCCUUAGUAGUAUAUGAUAGGCACAAGUCUUCCUGGAUACCAGCAGUCUAGGUUAGGCAGACUUCACUAAAUUAUGCUUCUGUGUUUGUGUCUGUUGUGCCAAUGGGAUGGUGAGAGGUACCUGAGCUGGGGUGUAGCACUUGCUUAGUUUAGGUGAGCGGUGCCUUUGUAUCCAUCCUUCAUUCCACUCACAACUGCUGGUAAGUUGUGAAACGCUUUUGCACCUCCGUGGUUUAUGUUAAGCAUGGUAAUACUGUGGUGGUGAACAUUAAGUUGCUUAUGUCUACUGUGAUAUAUCCGUAUCUAUAUAUCUGAUAGAUAUCUGUAGUGAGAAAUCUGUAAUUGAAUUGAUUCCUGAAUCCUUUAGGAGUUAUGUACAUUUUUGUUUAUUGGGUAUUGAAAUUACUCCUUCAGGGAUGAUGUCCAGUUGCCAAGCACAAUGAAAGAGAUGUACUAUUUUGUAAAUCAAAUCAUUGUUAUUUGUAGUAUUUAUUAACAGAGUUGUUUGGUAUUUAUUUUAAACAAGGAUCUAAGUAAAUGUAUAGGAUGGAUUGUCAGCACGUGUCUUACACGGUGUAAAGAUAAAAUCGUGGGCACGCUCUGCAGUUUAUGUUAGAGCAGAUCCUAGGCUGAGGAGUGACAACUGAGGAAGCUCUGCCUCGCUUGUCCCAGGGCUCGCUUCCGUGCUCUGCAGCCAGUCACGUGGUUAUAUCUGUAAAAUGUACUUGAAUGAUGAAUUUCUGUAAACAUGGAGUCCUCUGAAAAUGUAAUUACUUUGAAUUGUUGUCUUCUUGAAAACUUAUUUUAAAAGUAUUUAAACAGCCAAGUAUCAUGAAUUCAUCGCAGUGUGUCUUCCCCCUUUGCAGUACUUGGGUUUUAUAUGGACUUUUUAACUACAAGUGUAUAUUUGUGAUAUGUAUAAUGUAUGUAUAAUGUAUAUAGAAAUGGUGUGAAAAUAAAGCUGAACUGCAACUCCUCUCUAGUAAAA